CAGAUUGAGUAAUUAAUAUAUUGCCCAGAGGCACUUAUUUAUAGCGAAUUGAUUGUUUUGUUUCCCCACUGUGAAAUAUUUUGUAAUAACUUAUUGAGAUGAGAAGCCUCCACCUUGUCCUUGGUCUGGGAUUGAUCGGACUCAUCUUGGGUGAUAAAUCAGGUCUUAUUGCCGCAAGAUCGGGCGGGAUAUACGAUAUGGCGUCACUUCGACCAGGAAACCAGAUUACCGCUUGGGGAGUAUACCAGGAUGGUACUUCAAAAUUUAGUGUGAACAUUGCAGCAAAUCAGAAUACCAUCCUGCUUCAUGUGGACUUUAGAUUUAACGUACUUGUGCUGAACAACAAAUUUGGAAAUUGGGGAUCGGAGAAGAGGGUGAAUUACAGCAACAAAAGAUUUAAAGCAGGCAAAGAGUUCAAAGUUACGAUUAAAGUCUCAGCUGAUGAAUAUCAAGUCUACCUCAACGAUGUAGAAAUUGGGAGAUACCCAGUGCGAAAAUUAAACCUAGCUAACGCUGUUCAGCUAGUGGGCGGCAGCAGAGGCUUCAAGUGGACCAAACUUGGCAUACCUUCGAACCCGAAGGGAAGAGCAUGGUAUGGCAACUAAGUUAAGUCGAGAAGCGGGUUUGAAGACGGUAGACGGCGUUGUAAGAUAAAGAUCAACAUUCAACACCAGCUGUUUCCUGCAGACGCUCACUGCGUUCUUCUAAUCAGCUGAGCCGGGGCUUCAUACUCAACGAAUAUGUUGAUUAUUAUGAACAUAUCUACUGAAAAAGCAUGCUUGGAACGUUUUGACUUGCAUAUCUGCCGAUAAACUAAGAUCGCCAGAUAUUCAAGUCAAAAUGUUAAGAAAUAUUUUCUUACUCUUUUAUUGUGUUGUCCUCGUAUCUCAAUAAAG